GACCCCUCGGAUCUCUAACGUUAACAAUAAUUAGGCUCAUUCUGCCAAGUUCCAUGCUCAUUUGUGAGGCCUUUGAUAGUAUUUCUACUCCUUCUAUUGCUUGCUUUUCUAUGAAAGUAAGCUGAGUUUCUGUCUCCAACUUUCAACCAUAAAACCCUGGAUCUCUGUCGCCAAUAUUUCUCCUGUAAAGAAAGUAAUUGGCUGUAACGAACAUGAAGGUGUCUUUGCUUUUCAUAUGAUUGUAACGAAUGAGGUUGCCUCAUAAGAUCAUUGAGCUUUUCUUGAAUCACACGCAUUUCAGUUUUCUGCUGAUUGAAGUCAUGUUGAUGCCAAUCCAUCAACCUUUCUCCCGCACAUUUACCAAACACCCCUACUAAAUUGCUUUUGCACUUUUGAGCUCAAAAGUAGUCCCAAACUGGGCCAAAGUUGAAGAUUAGUAAAAACACGACCAAAGUCUAUUCUGGGUCUCUGCCUAUCAUAUCUCGAAGACAAAGGACACUCGGAAGACAUGGCUGGGGCGAAAGAAGAGAUAUUGAAAGCCCGUACGGACAACAGGGAGUACAGGAGGAUCGUCCUCCCUAACUUCCUUGAAGUCCUCCUCAUCAGCGAUCCUGAUACUGACAAGUGUGCUGCUUCCAUGGAUGUCAGUGUUGGUUCUUUCAGCGACCCUGAUGGCCUGGAGGGCCUUGCCCAUUUCCUUGAGCAUAUGCUGUUUUAUGCUAGUGAGAAGUACCCUUUGGAGGGUAGCUACUUGAAGUACAUCAGCGAGCAUGGAGGAACAGGAAAAGCUUUCACUGCUGCAGAACACACCAGCUAUCGUUUCGACAUUAAUCCCGAUGGUUUUGAAGAGGCUCUGGACAGGUUUGCUCAGUUCUUUAUUAAACCCUUGAUGUCAGCUGAUGCUACAGCGAGGAAAAUUAAAGCUGUUAAUUCAGCAAAUCUGAAAAAUCUGUUGUCCGAUGACUGGAGAAUGAACCAGCUUCAGAAGCAUCUAAGUGCAGCGAAUCAUCCUUACCAUAAAUUUAGUACAGGCAGUUGGCAUACUUUGGCGGUUCGACCAAAAGCAAAAGGAUUGGAUACCAGACAUGAACUUAUUAAAUUCUAUGAAGAAUACUAUUCAGCCAACCUCAUGCAUCUGGUUAUAUACGGAAAAGAGAAACUUGAUAAAAUUCAAGGCCUUGUAGAGGACAAGUUUAAGGAAAUUCGAAAUAUUGACCGAAGUUGCCUUCGUUUUACUGGUGAGCCUUGCACAUCAGAACAUCUGGAGAUUCUUGUCAGAACCGUCCCAAUAAAAGAGGGUCAUAAAUUAAGACUUGCAUGGCCUAUAACUCCAGAAAUUCACCAUUACAAGGAAGGGCCGUGUAGGUAUCUUGGUCACCUUAUCGGCCAUGAAGGAGAAGGAUCUUUAUAUUACAUCUUGAAAACAUUGGGAUGGGCAACAGGUUUGCUGGCUGGUGAAUCAGAUUCUACUUUGGACUUUUCUUUCUUUGAAGUAUAUAUUGAUCUCACCGAUGCAGGCCACGACCACAUGCAAGAUAUAGUAGGCUUGCUUUUCAAAUACGUUUCCCUGUUACAGCAGUCAGGUGUCUGCAAAUGGAUAUUUGAUGAGCUAUCUGCUAUUUGUGAGACAAAGUUUCAUUAUCAGGACAAAAUUGAGCCUAUUAAUUACGUGGUCAGUAUUUCAUCAAAUAUGCAGAAAUAUCCCCCGAAAGACUGGCUGGUAAGAUCAUCAUUGCCUUCUAACUUCAGUCCAGACAUUAUCCAAAUUGUGCUGAACAAGCUUUCUCCAAACAAUGUCCGAAUCUUCUGGGAGUCCAAGAAAUUUGAAGGUGAUACAAACAUGUUUGAGCCCUGGUAUGGAACUGCUUACUGCAUGGAAAAAAUUACGGGCUCCAGAAUUCAGGAAUGGAUAGCAUCUUCUCCAAAUGUGAAUUUACACCUACCAGCACGUAAUGUGUUCAUCCCCACGGACUUGUCUCUUAAGAAUGAGAAUGAGAAGGUCAAAUGUCCAGUUCUGUUAAGAAAGUCACCAUAUGCAACACUAUGGUACAAGCCUGAUACAAUGUUUUUUACUCCUAAAGCAUACGUCAAGAUUGAUUUCAAUUGUCCCCAUGCAAGUGGCUCCCCGGAAGCAGAAGUCCUGACUAGUAUUUUUACUCAUUUGUUAAUGGAUUACUUGAAUGACUAUGCUUAUUAUGCUGAGGUUGCUGGACUGUACUAUGGAAUAUACCACACAGAAAGUGGUUUUCAGGUGACUUUGGUUGGUUAUAAUCACAAAUUGAGGAUUUUACUGGAAACGGUAGUUGAGAAGAUUGCAAGCUUUAAAGUGAAAGCUGACAGGUUCUCUGUGAUCAAGGAAACGGUCACAAAGGAGUACCAAAAUUACAAAUUUGAACAGUCCUAUGAGCAGGCUAUUUACUAUUGCUCAUUAGUUCUACAGGACCAGACUUGGCCAUUGAUGGAACAACUAGAAGUUCUUACUCAUCUUGAAGUUGAAGAUCUUGCUAAUUUUGUUCCAUUGAUGCUCUCAAGGGCCUUCUUAGUGUGUUACACAGCAGGAAACCUUGAAAGUACUGAAGCUGAGUCAAUGAUCCUGCAAGUAGAAUAUGUUUUUUUUAAGGGUUCAAACCCUAUUUGCCAACCUUUAUUCCCAUCCCAACAUUUGACAAAUAGAGUCGUGAAGCUUGAAAAGGGAAAAAACUUUAUCUAUCCUGUGGAAGGCCUUAAUCGAAGUGAUAAGAAUUCUUCCCUUGUCCACUAUAUCCAGGUUCAUCGAGAUGAUUUUAUGCUGAAUGUGAAACUUCAGCUAUUUGUUCUUAUUGCAAAGGAACCAGCCUUUCACCAACUUAGAAUAGUUGAGCAACUUGGUUACAUAACUCGUCUUUUACAGAGGAAUGAUUGUGGUAUCCGUGGACUGCAGUUCAUUAUACAAUCCACAGUGAAGGGUCCAGGACGUAUUGAUUUGAGAGUGGAGGAAUUUCUCAAGACGUUUGAGAGUAAGCUUUAUGAGAUGACAAAUAACGAAUUCAAGAGCAAUGUAAAUACUUUGAUCGAUAUGAAGCUUGAGAAGCACCAGAACUUGAGGGAAGAAGCUGAAUUUUAUUGGAGGGAGAUUUCUGAUGGGACCCUCAAGUUUGCUCGUAAAGAAGCAGAGAUUGCAGCACUGAGGCAGCUUACACAACAAGAGUUGAUUGAGUUUUUCAAUGAGCAUAUAAAAGUUGGGGCACCUCAUAAGAGGACAUUGAGUGUACGAGUAUAUGGGAAUCGUCAUUCAUUUGAGUAUGCAUCAGAUAAAAGAUCCCUAGUGCAACCUUGCACCGUCAAAAUCGAUGAUAUUUUCGCUUUCAGAAGGUCACAGCCUCUUUAUGGUUCAUUCAAGGGAAGCUCCGGUCAUGUGAAGUUGUAGACGAUUCAGGAUACGAUUUCUGGAUUACAAAUGAUAUUUCUUCAUUUCAAGUUUUCAACUUCGACAAAGUUGUAUGAGAAUACUGAUGAUUGUUGACAGCAUCAGAAAGAGAGCUCAAGAAGUUCAUUGACAAUGAAGAAAAAGUUUAGAAGAUUCGACGGUGACAAACGUGGUCCUUGUAUUUUUAGUUUUUUUUUUUUUUCUCACAGAAAAUGGAAACUUGUCCCAUUCAACAAUGUUAUAUUCUUUGUAUUCUAUGUUGAGCUACCAAGAAUUUGUUCUGUAAUAAAGUCAUCCUCAAAUAAGAAACGCAGAUUCUGCCCUUGCAUGUGGCUUACAUAUAUAUUUAUAAAGUCCUCAAUUAAAAGCCAAUUAUUCUUACAA